ACCGUGGAACACUCUGGAAGGAAGAAGACGCUCGGCAGUGAGUGAUAAAAUGGCCGCACGUCUGCAGUGAGGUUCGAUCGCCAGAGUUUACUUUUUUUCAUACAUCACGGAAUUUGAACUACUUUCAUUCGAAACAUGUCUUUUCCUGGUUCUAUCGCGUUCGAUGAGUACGGAAGACCUUUCAUUAUCUUGCGUGAUCAAGACAAGCAGAGUCGCUUGACCGGCAAUGAUGCGAUUAAGUCGCAUAUCUUGGCAGCUCGAAGUAUUGCCAAUACUUUGAAAACAUCUUUGGGUCCCAAAGGUUUGGACAAGAUGUUAGUUAGUUCCGAUGGUGAUGUAACAGUAACCAAUGAUGGAGCUACGAUCUUGAAAAACAUGGACGUAGAUCAUGAAAUCGCCAAGUUGAUGGUGCAGCUUUCUCAAUCGCAGGAUGAUGAGAUAGGCGAUGGCACAACUGGUGUUGUUGUAUUGGCUGGCGCGCUAAUGGAGCAAGCUGAACAGCUCUUAGACAAAGGAAUUCACCCAAUCCGAAUAGCUGAUGGUUUCGAGCUUGCAGCCCAAUGUGCGAACAAACAUUUAGACACUAUUGCGGAGGCUUUCCCAGUCAACCUCAAAGACUUGGAACCUCUAAUCAAGACUGCCAUGACUACUCUUGGAUCCAAAAUCAUCAACAAGUGUCACCGACAAAUGGCGGAGAUUGCUGUGAAUGCAGUGAUGGCUGUCGCUGAUUUGGAGACACGAGACGUCAAUUUUGAAUUAAUCAAACUAGAGGGUAAAGUUGGAGGACGCCUUGAAGACACAAUGUUAGUUCGUGGCGUUGUUGUAGACAAAGACUUCAGUCAUCCUCAAAUGCCUAAGAGGUUGGAGAAUGUGAAAUUGGCAAUUCUCACUUGUCCAUUUGAGCCGCCAAAACCGAAAACUAAACAUAAGCUUGACGUGACUUCUGUAGAGGACUACAGAGCAUUACGAGAAUAUGAACGUGAAAAAUUCACUCAAAUGGUAUCUCAAGUCAAACAAGCCGGGGCAACGCUCGCUAUUUGCCAGUGGGGAUUUGACGACGAAGCCAAUCACCUUCUCCUCCAGGAACACCUGCCCGCUGUUCGGUGGGUCGGUGGUCCCGAAAUCGAGUUGAUUGCCAUCGCUACCGGCGGUCGUAUCGUUCCUCGAUUCGAAGAAUUGACUCCUGAUAAAUUGGGAUACGCGGGUGUGGUCAGAGAGUUGACUUUUGGAACCACAAAGGACCGCAUGCUCGUCAUUGAGGAAUGCAAAAACUCACGAGCAGUAACCAUUUUCAUUCGUGGAGGCAAUAAAAUGAUUAUUGAGGAAGCGAAACGUUCGAUCCACGAUGCACUUUGUGCUGUGCGCAAUCUCGUAACGGAUGGAAGAAUAGUUUAUGGAGGUGGAGCAGCCGAAGUUUCCUGUGCAUUGGCAUGCGCCGCUCAUGCCGACAAGAUCAGCACCCUUGAGCAGUAUGCAUUCCGUGCAUUUGCUGAUGCGCUCGAGGCCAUCCCCAUGGCAUUGGCAGAAAACGCAGGACUUUCUCCUGUCGAUGCUCUUGCUGAAGCCAAGGCGCGCCAGUUGACCGAAUCAAACUCUAGUCUUGGAAUCGAUUGCAUGAACGUUGGCACAACCGACAUGAAAGUCCAGAACGUCAUCGAAUCUUUGAAGAGUAAGCAGCAGCAAAUCUUACUUGCCACGCAAUUAGUGAAAAUGAUAUUGAAGAUCGAUGAUAUCAGAUCUCCCAGUGACAACGGUAUGGGAGUUUAAAUCUGCCGAACAUAUACAAUAAAGAUUGUUCAAAUUUUCACGACACGUUAACGAGACUGAAUUAUUGUAUUAUUAAUACGCUUCAUUUGAAUUGUUUCUGAUAGUUAUUAAACAUCACCCAGACCGCUUACUACGCUCUGAUUAAACAAUUAAUUGACUUCGUGCUGAAAUUAAUUUAUAAUAAAAUAAAGCUAUAAUUGACAUAAAAAAAAAAAAACAGAACCUACGUAAUUAAUCUCAUCAUUCGGAUUGUUAUUCAUCCCAGGCAGUGUUCCGACGAUAAAACUUAUCCCGCGGUGGUGGUUACAUUUUAUUAUAUGUACAUAGUACCUAUAGUGAUUAGGUAAGGAUUUCACAAGGAUACAAUCUGGUUAUUCGGCUCAGACUCCCGCACAAUUUAGUCACAAUAAAAAUAGAUUCCGCAAACUAAAAACUCUGAUAAAUAUUUAGAGUUGCAAAGUAUUAUCAAAAACCGAAUGUGGUCUGAACUGAAUAUACAACUUGUACUCGUGCGUUUGAUAUAGAAGACACGUUGCACACAAACACAUUUUGUAUUCGAUUAGGUAUGUCGUAAUUUUUCUUAUAGUACGUAUGUAACAUGCAUAAUGACUCGUUUCAACAUUUUUUAAGUAUCUACGAGUAACGGUUAUCUUACGUUUGAAAUUUGGCAUGAGAUACGCAACUAUUCAAGCCAAAUGAUGAUAUGGAGACACGGAAAAGAACGCAGUAUUGUAAUUUUUUAAUUUCAUAUUGUUCAUAAUUAUUACUAAACUCAAAUUUUGGCAUUGAUGUAAUAAUGACAAGAUGUCAACAGACUCUAGAAACCGGUAAUAGUCUGACAACCGAUAGAAAAAUGUCUGGAACUCCAAGUUAUUAUCCUUAACUUCGCGUGCCUUCAUUUGUAAUUACAAUACGUGUGUAAUGUUACUUUUUUAUGAAUAAAUCGAAAAUCAGAUA